AUGUCCGCCCCCGCUCGCCUGUUCGCCGCCGGCACGCGCCGCGCCAUCCACUCGUCGGCCCGGCGCCUCGCCGAGACCGCGCCCCCCGCCGUGAACGUCCAGGGCGUUGUCAGCGAGGUCCCCGUGCAAAAGCCGCUUCUCGGCUUUUCGGCAGCAACUGCCCUCGGCGUGUACUACAUUCAGCAGGACAGCAAGAUCGCGACCGGGCUCUUGAUGGCGAGCGUCGAUGAGCUGCAGGGCUCGACUGCCAAGAUCACUUCGCACCUUGACCGCCUGCAGACCGUCGAGAAGGACUUGGCGGCGCUCAAGGCCGCGGUUCCGCAGAAGGAGGACGUGGGCAAGGUCCGCGGUGAGAUGAAGAAGGUCUACGAUGGCCUCCACCUCGAGCUCCUCGACCUGCGUGCUCACGUCUGGGGCGUCGAGCAGGACGUUCAGAAGCUUGCCAAAGCGGACUCUAUCCGCAUCUAGGCCUAGAAAUGCAUGGCGGACUGCCAAUAUCGACACGCGACUGAAAUGUGGAGGGUUGUCGUGGGCGCAAGGCGGAUCGAGGGGCGUCGGGAAAGAGGGUGGUGCUGGGAACGAGGGUGGCGGACGACGGUGAGCGUGGGUGUGAGAUAUCGGCACGGAGACGGCACGCUGAGUUGAGGCGAGGGUCGUCGAUCAGCAAGAUCAACACAUGACUCUCCUGACGUGUGCCGGAACAGCGGGGGCGCGCCUUUCCAUGCUGAUGUCGUACGUGGGUCAGUUCAGGCUGUGACCAGACGCUUCGGCGCCACGCGCCGCGCUGGCCAAGUGGAGGAUUCCUUGGAAUCUUGGCAUGUAUUGGUCUGCGGACUAAUGCCCCGCUUGCGCGAGGUGCGCAAAGUCAAUCAUGCGUACGUUGGUGUUAGGAAGAAUGAGGAGGAAUGAAGCACCGCGCCUUAUCACACGCGCAAAUGCAAACAAGACGACAUGCGAUGCGGA